AUGUCAGCCCAGUCCUGUGUCAUGUACACUCCCGAGAAAAAAAAAAACAUCAAAAUCCCUUUCCUUCUCCUCAUCAUCUAUAAUCUAUUCAGUUCACUGCCUCCUUGCUCCCUGUUCUUCAUUCCAGAUUCCCGCCGGCGCCGCCAUUUCCCCCAGCUACCUUGGGCCCCAGUCGAUGUUCGCAUAGGAGACAGAACGCAACAACCACCACGCACCGCCCGACGGCCACCUUCCGUGAAAAUGGUAAACGCGAAAAUCGCGCCGUCGAUGCUGUCAUCGGACUUCGCGAAUUUGGCGUCGGAGGCCGAGCGGAUGGUCCGAUGCGGUGCAGAUUGGCUGCACAUGGAUAUUAUGGAUGGGUAUGUCAUUAUCAGAUACGAAGCGUGGAAAAUACUUGAGAUUCACUUUGUGCCAAACCUUACCAUUGGUGCUCCAGUUAUUGAGAGUCUGAGAAAGCACACAGAUGCUUACUUAGAUUGCCACCUAAUGGUCACAAAUCCUAUAGAUUACGUCGAGCCAUUAGGAAAAGCUGGCGCUUCUGGUUUUACUUUUCAUGUGGAAGCCUCAAAAGAUAAUUGGCGAGAGCUUGUUCAGCAAAUCAAAUCAAAUGGUAUGAAGCCUGGUGUUUCCUUAAAGCCUGGAACCCCUAUUGAAGAAGUGUACCCACUGAUUGAAGACAAAAAUCCUGUGGAAAUGGUACUUGUUAUGACCGUGGAACCUGGAUUUCGUGGGCAGAAGUUUAUGCCAGAAAUGAUGGAUAAGGUUCGUACUCUAAGAAAGAAGUACCCUUCACUUGAUAUAGAGGUUGAUGGUGGUUUAGGACCUUCGACUAUAGAUAUGGCAGCUGAUGCAGGUGCAAACUGCAUUGUGGCAGGAAAUUCUGUAUUCGGAGCUCCGGAUCCUUCUCAUGUUAUAUCACUUAUGCGCAAAAGUGUUGAUGACGCCCAAAUGAAACAAUUUAUAUCCAAAUGUGCUAGUGAUACACAAGUUUACUGAAAGAUGUUUAUGGAGUGUAACUAAAAUGCAUGCGAAUAUGAUGUAUAUGACAUGUUUAGUCUUAUGACCUUGUGAUAAUUCAGUCUAUUGUGGCGCACCUUAUUAUCAUUAUUUUGUAGUGUCAAAUUUUAUUAUUUUUGUUCUAAUUGUUUAAGCAAAUGAACUAGGAAGCC